CUCCCCUCCCCCUCUCUCAGGCGCGGAGAUCGUUGAGGCGGGAGCGGGUUGGCUCGGGGGCAGGAGGCCUCGGUCAGUCGGUAGGUGGUGCUAGAACACUUGCUGUAUGGAAUCUUGUUCUGUAAUAUGGGGGAAGAGGAAGGAUUACACCAAACGCAAUUAUUGGAUACAAUGUUUGUCCGCGGACUAAAGAGAAAAUGUAUUGACGGAGAGGAAGAUGUUGAAGGAACUUUAGCUGGCUUUAAAGCUAUUCCUUCUUACAAUCUACAGCGCCAGUCACUAUUGGACAUGUCUCUGGUUAAACUUCAACUGUGUCACAUGCUUGUUGAACCUAAUCUCUAUCGUUCAGUACUUAUAGCCAAUACAGUACGGCAGAUCCAAGAAGAAAUGACCCAGGACGGGACUUGGCAGAUGAUAAGUGCACAGAGUACAGGACCAACCUCUUUGGACCGUUUAGUUUCAACAGACAUUCUCUGUCGUUCUUCGAAGGAGCAAGCUGAAGAAAAGCUUGUCCAAGGUUAUAGUGGCUUCUCAAAAGACUUUGAGGACACGCAGUUACAAGGGAGCUCAGAAAACUUAAGACCUGCUCCAGCACAAGCUCCCAGAAACCUUCAGAAUAAUGUAUGGGAUAUGGAGUGCCCUGCAGAAAAUAGAGGAAACUUCCAUAAAUCAUUAGAUCAAAUAUUUGAAACCUUAGAAACAAAAACACCAGAUUCUGUUGAAGAUCUCUUUUCAGAAGUCGACAGUUCCUAUUACAAUCUUGACACUGUAUUAACAGGAAUGAUGGGCAGUACAAAAAUGGGACACUGCGAUGUACUCGAAACGUUUCCUCAAGCAAGCACCAGUUCUAACUCUAACUGUAAAUCUGAUCUGAAUGAGCUGGAUCAUUUUGUGGAGAUUCUAGUUGAGUCUUGAGACAGAGGGUGAAAGCGACAUCCUUUGAGGAAGCCAGAUCUUGAGUAGUCAAUCUUUCAAACAGCUUGUUCUGUCAGCUGCACAUGAUCUUCCAAAAAAAAAAAAGCCCUUCAUUUUUCAAAGCUGUAUUAAUGUAUAAAAUUAACUUGCAAUUUGUAAUGUCUGAUCUGUGAGUAAAUAUUUCUAAUGGCCACAAUCCAGAGAGGUAUACUAGGCAUGUGUCUAGCAAGGCUUCAAAUUUCCUCUUUACUAUCACAAUCCCCACUGUGUACCACGGCACAGACUGCUGUGGAAACUCUUUUGUGUUUCAGUAGUGGCUCAGUGUUUCCAAAGGCUCCUGAGUGUGCAGGGUUGAUCACACAGUUCUCUGUAUUGUGCCGAUACAACUCCCCCCCUCGCCUUGGGUUCCACAACUUUGACAACUAGAUUAGUUUGCUAAUCCCUUCUAGUUUUUAGAAGAGACUUAAAAUGUGACAGGGUUUCUUUUCUGUUGAUUGUCUCAUCUUCCCUGAAAGUUAACGUGUUGGGGACACUCAGCAUAUGAAAGGUGGUUAUAAAGUUCUCGGUCCAAGUCUAAAUCCAGUUCAGUUCUAUUCCAACUGAAGACUUUUUAGCAUUUGCUCCUCUUUCCGUGGACUUGAGUGGUCCACCUUUUCAACUAAUUGGUCCGAGGACCAAAAGCUUGGUUUGCCUCUUAACUCCAAGGAAAUACUUCACUGAUUUCUAUCUUCAGUUAACCAUCUAGCUUAUAAAGAACCAAAAGCAUUGAUUCCUGGUAUCCUAGCUCAUUUUUUUUUUGUCAUUCUUAUGUUCUGGGUUUUUUUUUUAAACUAUAGUUAAUAGUUUUGAAAAGUGUUUAUCAGUGUUCAGAAUUUUUCAGCUAUUUUCCGAAGAUAUAUUUUUGCUACGAAUCUUCUGUCAACUGCUUAUUUAGUAUCCUGACAUAUCUGCAGUUGUAUUUUUUUAAUCACUUUGAUGAAGGGAUUUUUUUUCUUACGAUGGGCCUCCCUUAGCUGAGUAAAAGUAUGUAAAUAUAUACAACCUUAAUGUAGGAUCAGCUGUUCGCAUUCUGUCUUAGAGAGUAGUGCGUGCUUAAAGAGUGAAGAGAGGGUUAUUCUCGAUACAGCUGUUACAUAGACGCUGGAGGAGGAGCUCUGGAGGAGCUCUUCAUGCAUUUACACUUCAGUCCAAGCCAUGUUUUUGUUACCAUCCAGCACAGACUGUCAGUUUUAUUUAUAUAUAUUUAUAUCAUCCAAUUAAUUGUUUAAAAGUCUACCAUCCUACUUGUUCUGUGUUUGGGAAAGCAAAUGUAACUUACCUUGCACUAACUGUUAUAAGACUGUUACAGAGUCCUUUCAAGAGUGUUCUCUAAAAUGAAUUUGCUCCAAGAUGUAAAUACAUGUUUGGCUGAAACUUGAGUAAUGGAAGUCAUAGCACCUAGUUAGUAUUCAGUCCAAAAUAGAGGAAAGACACCUUGCCUGAGUAUAUGCAAAGUAUUUUCUCAUAAAAGCAGUUUCCAGAGAAAAGCAGCAGCACAUCUAGUAACACUUGCUAUAAAACUGCCCAUUUUUUACGUUGCUAAACUGGUGAAAAUGUAGCUAUAUGGUGGGGAAAGGGCUAUGAGAACCCUACUUCUUUGGGUAACAUUUUAAUGAAAGUUUUUUUCUGAGCAAUUUUAGCCACUUCAGCAUGAAUUCACAAUGACCAGAUUUGGAAAUACUGCUUUUUUGAAAACAACUCUGAUUUCUGACUUUAUAUGAACACUAGUUUAAAGCAUUGGGAAGCCUUACUUCCCAGCAGAGAGGGCCUUAGAUGCUGCACUGUCUUUGUUUAAAUGGAAUUGUUAGAGCCAGUAAGGGAGAGCAGCUGGGCAAGCAUUCCCACCAUAUAAGCCAAAAACAUCUCUUCGAAACAUAAAGAUCUUUGUCUUGUGUACACAUAGCUAACUGUCUUCGUCUUAGUUUAAGUUGCAGUCUGAAACCAUUUUUCAUAACUGGCCCCUCCUGAACUUAAUAGGGUUACUUACAAGGAACUGGUUUCUAGACUGUGGCCUUAAUCAUUUUAAGUGCUUUUGAAGCUAACUGACUUGAAAAUGGCAUUGUAUGUUUUCCAGUCUUGGCAGAUAAAUGCCUGUUUCUGUAACUUUGCGUUUUGUGUCAGACCAUGCGGUUUGUAAGGGGACCUUUUUAAAGCAUUGGAAAAUGAUUAAUGUCUUUUUAUAUUAAAGUUGAAUACGAAGAGA